AAUAUUUACAUCCAUCUGUCACAUCUUUUGUUAGUACAAAUUCAAACGAGGAGCUCAGCCAAACGUUUAAGACAUACGCCACGGUUUCUGUCAACAUGACAUCACGUGUUGGCCCCAGAGCUGCUGGUACCAAUGGAAGUGAGUUUAAACACAGAGAGAGAGUGGCUCCACAAUACCAAAUGAGUGCUUCCCUGAAGGCAGAGGUACGGAAGUUAAACCUGGUCCACCUUCUCAUAUGGCUGCUGGUGGCGGCACAGAUGACUGUCAGCCACUUCCAGCUUGUGUCACAUGACACUGUGUCCAUGCCGUACCAGUGGGAAUACCCCUACCUGCUCAGCCUCCUCCCCCUGCUCUGCAGCAGCCUGUCACUUCCGAAGAACAAUAUCAGUUACCUGGUCAUAUCCAUGAUCAGCGCAGGGCUGUUCUCUGUGGCACCUCUCAUUUAUGGGGGAAUGGAGAUGUUUCCCGUAGCGCAGCAGCUCUACCGCCAUGGGAAGGCCUACCGCUUUAUUUUUGGGUUCUCUGCAGUGACUGUUAUGUACCUCAUCAUGGUGGUUGCUGUUCAAGUACAUGCCUGGCAGUUGUAUUACAUGAAAAAGCUGUUAGACUCAUGGUUCAACACCACUCAGGAGAAGAAGAAGAAAUAAUGGCGUGAAGGGAGCUGUGACUGGGCAAAACUGUGUUUUCAUCUUAAUUUAUACUCAAGUUCUGAGUUUUAUUCAUGUUUACUUAUAGAGUCAUCAUUAUCAUGUAACAUCAUAUGUUUAACGCCAGUAUUUUCGGACAUAAAUUUAAAUUAGAGUAAGAUGUACAAUUUGUGCAGGAACCUGGAUUUUUCAUCACCAUUAUUUAUUUAAAGCAGAUGAAGGGUGUCUAGCACACACAACCGGGAGUGGCAUCAAAGCAACAUCUGUAAACAUGGCAUUCAAUCACUUUACACCCUCUUCAUCACUGAGUAUACUAGACUGCAGUUUUUCUCCAAACAGACAAGUAGGUCAUUUAGGACCAGGACAAUGUUGCCAUGAUUUGAACAGAAUAGCUGUAGAGGUGUUUAUACCUUUACAAGUACACCAGUGAAGGUAUGAAUCUUCCAACGUAUACAUUUUGCUUAGAAAUUGGGAUUGUAUGUGUUAAAAGAAGUAGGUUUUCCUUUCCUGCUGAUGUGCUGAUGUUGUCUGCUUCAUUAGGUCUACCUCUCACAAUAUAUAUUUUAUAAGACAUUACAAAAGAAAGGUGGUAAUCUCGGUAACUGCCUGUACUGUUAUGUUUUGAGGUAAUCUCAUUCAGCAUCAUAAAGCCAGUUUAUUAAGCCUGUCCCAUGAAUAAAUUAUGCAUUGUCAACUAAAUAAAAAUAAAACAAAUGCUGUUAAACUUG